CUGGUCUUUAUCCAAUUCUUACAGAUAUAUAAACCACCACAUCCCAAUUCCAUCACCAUUUCCAGAUACAAAGCUUUUCCUAAUUCAUUUGUGAAACACAAACAUAAUCAUCCCAUUAUAUCUCUUUCCUUCACUAUGGUGGAUUGCCACAUUCUCCUUCUACCUUCUCCGGGGCAAGGCCACAUCAAUCCGUCAAUCCAAUUCGCCAACAAACUCAUAGGAAUGGGUGUUAAGGUCACCAUUCUCACGAAUCUCUACGUUCACCGUCGCAUCACCAAAUCCAACAGCUUAAUCCCAAAAGGCUUAUCAUUAUCUGCCUUCUCCGAUGGCUAUGAUGAUGGGAUCAAAGAUGGGGACAACCGCGAACAUUUCCAGUCUCAGUACAAAAUUUGCGGUUCCAAAGCUGUGGCAGAGCUCAUCAAGGCCAGUGAUGAAGAAGGUUGCCCAAUAACUUGUUUGGUAUACACUAUGAAUCAAGCAUGGGCAGCUGAAGUUGCUCGUGCCCAUCACAUCCCAUCCGCGGUUCUAUGGACUCAACCAGCCAUGGUUCUCGAUAUCUACUACUAUUACUUCAAUGGUUAUGGUGAUGCCAUUAGAAAAUUUGUCAAUGACGUCCCUUCAAGCUCUAUUCAGUUACCAGGGUUGCCAUUGCUCGCUAGUACACGUGACCUUCCUUCCUUCUUACUACCUAAUCAUACAAACGUUCACGAUUUUCUCCCAGAAUUCAAACAUCAAAUAGACAUACUUGAUGCGGAAACAAAUCCACAAGUACUAGUAAAUACGUUCGAUGCAUUGGAAUCAGAUGCUCUACGAGCUAUCAAGAAGCUCAACAUGAUUCCAAUUGGGCCGUUAAUCCCAUCAGUUUUUUUGGAGGGAAAAGAUCCAUCUGAUACAUCAUUUGGAGGUGAUAUGAUUCAAAAGUCGGCAGACUAUGUGGAAUGGUUGGACUCGAAGCCAGAGUCUUCCGUUGUUUAUAUAUCGUUUGGAAGCUUCUCAGUGCUGUCGAAGAAACAAAAGGAAGAGAUGGCACAUGUGUUGUUGGAAAGCCGAAGGCCUUUCUUGUGGGUGGUAAGAAAAACUGAUCAAUUUGGUGAGGAUAUAGAAGACAAAUCAAGUUGCAUGGAGGAAUUGGAAAAGCAAGGGAUGAUAGUGCCGUGGUGUUCUCAGGUGGAGGUUCUGUCACACCCAUCGUUGGGAUGUUUCAUUACGCACUGUGGGUGGAAUUCUACGUUGGAGAGCCUGGUUUCUGGGGUUCCAAUGGUGGCGUUUCCACAGUGGACUGAUCAGGGAUCUAACGCAAAGCUGAUCACAGAUGUUUGGGAGACAGGAGUGAGGGUGACAGUAAAUGAAGAAGGAAUAGCUGAGAGGGAGGAGUUAAAGAGGUGCAUAGAAAUGGUGAUGGGGGAUGGAGAGAAAGGGAAAGAAAUGAGAAUUAAUGCCAAGAAAUGGAAGGAACUGGGAAGGGGAGCAGUGAAGGAAGGUGGGUCCUCGGACAUGAAUCUAAAAGCUUUUGUGAGUGAGCUCGGAAAUUAACAAGUUGUUUAGUAGGAUGAACUUUGUUCUUGGUUAAAUCUUUUUAUUCACUUUUGAUUUACUUUUUGCAAAUGUUAAAUAUCCAACUAAAACAAGAAGUGUGUUUAAAAUU